UUUACAGCGGACACUUCCAGCCUUGUGAUGCUGCAGAUGACAGAUCAACGUCGAACAACAACAACAUCGUGCUUUCAUCCGAAACCAGCGAAUGACAGUUACAGAACUUGUCAAUAACGAACGUUAGAGUUUCCGACGAGAAGUGAGGUUGUCUACGUGAUGUAGCUGGUGAGAUGGAGUACGAUGAGAGACUUGCACAUUUUCGCCAAGCCCGCCUCAAUCCCUUUGAUCGGGGAGAAGAGGAGGAGGAAGAGGGUUCCCCAGGAGGCAAAAUGCCACCCCAGAAAGAGUCCAGGACAGAGUUGUUCUCUGGGACCAGAUUUUCAAGUUCUGAUCGCACCAUGGAUCUUGGCCUAUCUGAAGAUCACUUCUCCAGACCCGUGGGUUCGUUCGUUGCCUCUGACAUUGAGCAGCUGAAGUUGGCCAUAGAGGAGUGUAAGAAGCUGAUCUUGGAAUUGCCUGAACAUUCAGAAAAGCAGAAAGACACAGUGGUCAAACUAAUCCAUCUGCGCCUAAAACUACAAGAACUUAAGGACCCAGAAGAAGAUGAACCCAAUUUAAGAAUCCUGCUUGAGCACAGAUUUUCCAAGGAAAAGAGCAAGAGUGUCAAGCAAACCUGUGACAAGUGCAGCACCAUCAUCUGGGGUCUGAUCCAGACAUGGUACACCUGCACAGGUUGUUAUUACCGUUGCCACAGCAAGUGUAUGAACUUGAUCACAAAGCCUUGUGUAAGAUCGAAGGUCAGUCAUCAGUCGGAGUACGAGCUCAGCAUCUGCCCUGAAAUUGGCCUGGACAGGCAAGACUACCGCUGCGCCGAAUGUCGAACGCCAAUUUCUCUGAGGGGCGUUCCCAGUGAGGCCAGACAGUGCGACUACACAGGACAGUAUUACUGCAGCACAUGCCACUGGAAUGACUCUGCCAUCAUCCCUGCACGUGUCAUCCACAAUUGGGAGUUCGAUCCCCGCAAGGUUUGCCGCUCCUCCUUACGCUAUCUGGCCUUGAUGAUGUCCCGGCCUGUCCUCAAAUUGAAAGAAAUCAAUCCGCUGCUGUUCAACUUUGUGGAAGAAUUAGUAGAAAUCCGGGUGAGAAGGAAGCACAAAACAUGGCUCUCAAUACAGUUGGAGAUUAUUUGCCCCACAGCUGCCCAAUUUCUGAUGUUGUUUUCACAGAAACUUCGACAGGACAUUCUUCUGAUGAAACCCUAUUUUAUAACCUGCAAAGAAGCCAUGGAGGCACGGUUACUUCUCCAGUUACAAGAUCGACAACACUUUGUGGAGAACGACGACAUGUACUCACUACAAGAUUUGAUUGACAUCUCCAGUGGGAGACUCAGCAUUUCUCUCACAGAAGUUCACACUACUUUUGCUAAACACAUUAAGUUGGACUGCGAGCGGUGUCAAGCCAAAGGAUUUGUGUGUGAACUGUGUAAGGAAGGAGACAUCCUUUUCCCCUUCGAUAGUCACACAUCAGUUUGUCACGACUGCUCAGCUGUCUUUCACAGAGAUUGUUACUAUGACAACUCCACAGCGUGUCCUCGGUGCGCUCGCAUGACAGAGCGGAAGCAGGAUGAGGUUUUCCACGUGAGAGCUGUAUGAGACACAGUGUUCCAGCCCUGGAUCAAAGAGAAAUGUUGCACAUGUCCAGUCUAUUUUCGGUGCCGGCCUUUGUUUUGAAUGUUAUUGUCUUCUCUCCUGGCGUAGAGACAGGUAAUUGAAACGAAAAGAGUAAUAUAAAGCUGUUAUUUUUUUUUUCAAAUCCUGAUGAGUUCUGAAGGCUAUGAAUUGAUGUUUUUGAAGGUGUUUGCAUGACUAUGUUCAACAUAUUUCUCCGUGCUUAGUCUUACCCAUGCAGUUUUACGUAGCUUUUCAGACAGUACACUGGCAAACCAAACUUUUAAGUCCCUUAUUUAAGUCAUAUCUGCUGCUUAAAAGAUUUGGUUUAGUCCAGUUGUUUGAUGUUAACUGAAGUUUCAUCAACGUGCUUAACUCUGGAUUCCAUGUCGUCUUGUGUUAUUUAUUGAUGUCCAGUAAAGCAUGCCUCUGUUGUUGCUCAAAACGAAGGAAUAUGUUUUACUUUGUACUGUGAAUUCAGAUGGACUGAUCAGGGUUUUACUCAGUUCUGUUUACUACAUUGUGUUCAAGUCAUGCCUUUUUUUUUUUUUUUUUUGCUGUACUGCGAUGAAGUGUAAUCUUCGUAUUUCAAUACGCUUGUGAUCUUGUUGUCUGCAACUGACCGGAGGUGUUUUGAAAGCACCUUAAUGAUGUGUCAUUUCAAUAAAAGACUUAUUGCUGUAUUAUCUUUCAGCAUGGUGUUCUGUGACAUAUUUCCCCUGUGGGAAAUAUGUGUUCGAAAAAGGUCAUGUGUUGUAUGAUACCAAGUACGUGUUAAAUAAAUGAAC